CGCAGUGCAAUUGCAUUUCAUUUUCGCUAGCACACAGUCAGGGGAGCUCAGGAAAGCCCAGGGAGGAACUAGAAGCGGACGAGCACGCUCCACCAGAAAGUCUCAAUUAGGUGCGCACGCAGGCGGUGGUCCAGCAGAAGAAGACUUGACAAGCAGUUCCCCUGAGAGCAUUAAACAAGCCCGCGUCAGAACAUGGAGCGUAAAAUCCCGGACUUCUCCGGCACUUGGGAAAUGAAGAGUUCUGAAAACUUUGAAGAGCUCUUAAAAGUGUUGGGUGUAAACGUGAUGCUGCGAAAGAUCGCGUGCAAGGCAGCGUCCAAGCCCUUGGUGGAGAUCACGCAGGACGGCGAGACCCUGUCCAUUAAGACCUCCACCACCGUGCGGACCACCCACAUCACUUUCACCGUGGGACAAGAGUUCAACGAGAGCACGGUGGACGGACGCCCCUGCACGAGUUCUCCACGUUGGGAGACGGACAGCAAGAUCAGAUGCGAGCAGACCCUGCAGAAAGGGGAGGGGCCUAAAACCUCCUGGACCCGUGAGAUAACCAACGACGGCAAGCUGAUCCUGACCAUGGGAGCAGAUGACGUGGUGUGCACCAGAGUCUACGAACGACAAUGAACAAGAGCACUUCUCACUUUCGGUCCAUCUGCGUCACCUGUACUUUUUGUCUAUUCCAAUAGCUGCACCGUGAAAUUAGUAAAAAAAAAAACGCAUCUUUUCUUUUGUCUUAGCCUUGCACUCUUUUAACCUUUUCUGGCUCUCAUCAAAAUGUUUUGGAUUUAAAGUAUGUAAAUGCAUUGUAUGAUUGACGUGCUGCUCAUUUAUUUGCCGUGUGUGUCCAAUAUGUAUCUUUGGCCCUCGCUAACAUUUUCUAUUUCAUUUGAUAUUUAUUACCACACUACAGUACAGCCAAGGUUUUGACUUUGUGUUUGCUUAUUUGACAUUUUCUACGAAAACAAUAAAGCAGCAACUUUGA